AUGAGCUACCGUCCGCGAGUACCUUCACUGGAUGAUCAUUAUUGUCAAGUAUGUUCAUCCUCAUCGAGUAAUCAAAAUAGGCAUUUAGCAUGCUUUACUUGUGAACAUUGUCAUUUACCAAUGUGUUAUGAAUGCUUCGAAAAACAUACAAGUCAAUUAAAUGAUGAAUCUACUCAUUUACAACAACGAUAUUCUCAUUUACAAAAUUUAGUUGACAAUAAACAACAAUCUCUUGGUCAAUUUCAAGAACAAUGUUUACGUAGUGUUAAUUCUGAAUUUAAUGAAGUAUUAAAUGAUUUAGAAAAUCUUCGACGUGAAAGUGUUAAUUAUGUUAAACAACAAUUUCAUGAUGCUGAAAUAAUUUUAUCAGAAAUGAUGACAAAUAUUAAAUCAUUAAUUGAUAAAACUCAACAAAGUUCGACUCGUGAAAAUAUAACAAAAAAUAUUACACGUGAAUUUGAAAUACAACGACAACAAAUCAAUGAGAUUGAACGUCGUCUUGAUAUAUUAUCAUCACCAAAAAUGCAAAUAAAAAUGUCAACAUAUCCACGAAAUAAACUUGAUUUACAUUGUCAACUUCUUUCAAAUUUAUAUACAUCAACAAAAAAAUUUUCUGCUAAUUGUCCAGGUAAAACAAUUUUAACACGAUGUUCAUAUGAUAAAUUAAUUGGAUCACUAAGAGAAAAAAUUGAUGUUGAAACAGAAGUUGAAGAACUUAAUCAAAAUAAUUUUAUAAAUAAACAAACUCAAACUGAUUCAAUGAUUAAUUAUAAUUAUCAUAUUAAUUAUGGUGAAGAUCAUCAUUUACAAGAUGAAACAGAUCAAAUAACUAAUCGUUUUAAUAUAGAAAAUUCUUUAACUACACGUUUUAUUCAACAAAGUACAAUAUUAACACAAAAUGAAGUUGAUCGAAUUGCAAGUGAUGGUGAACAUUUACUUUAUUUUUCUGAUACAUCUAAAUCACUUUGUUAUAUAACAAAUCUUAUACCUACUAAAGAAGCUAAUAGUACAUCAAUAACGAAAGAAAUCUCAUGUCGAUGGCCAAAUCAUACUAUUAUUGAUUUAGUUUAUUGUCCAGGUUCAUCACAAUUUAUUUGUGCAACUAAAACCGGUGUUUAUACAUGUAC